CUCAUCACCAUCAAGCCAAUGGCGGCCCAGCCCACAUACUCCUACCCAUCCUCCUCCAGUCACAGCCAGGACUCAGUCGUCCUCAACGGGGAGGCAAACAUGGGGCUCAAGCAGAAAACCGACAUCGAACACUACAGGAACAAAGUACGCCAGAAAGCCAAGAGAAAAGGCUACUGUGAUUUCCCCAUCACAGACAAUGGCAUCCACCCAUUCAACCCCAGAGAGAGGCACAGUAGGCCUGAGAUGGCAAAGGAGCCAAUGACUGCUGAGGAGAAGAGGGCCUCCUAUGCAGGAUGCCACAUCAGGAGGCACCCCCCGUCGAGAGAGCCAGCCUACUGGAGCCGUCAGUCCCUGGUCGCCAGCAGCCCUAGCCCCGUGGAGACGGAGAUGGACCUGCUGGUCCUCAGGGAGAGGUCCAGGAGAGGCAUCCGCAACAGCGGUUAUGACGCAGAGCCAGAGACGUUCCAGGAGACCAACGUGGACCGACUGAUGAGCUCCCUGGGUUAUGGUGGAAGCCAUCAGGUCAAAGGUCUCUCGGACUCGUCCACUCUGAGCUCUCAGCCUUCCAUCGGCGAGGUCCGUCAGCAGAUGCAGCUCCUGCUGGGUAAUGCCUUUGGGCUGGCCCCAGACGAGGCCCCGCCCUCCAACCACCACCACCCCCACAUUCACCCCCACCUCCACAGUUCCUACAACCCCAGUCACACCAGCCCCUACUCCGAGGGAGUGACCAGUGCCCCUGGCACUAUGAACCACCCAUGCGGAGGAGGCCGCCAGCAUGGGUCUGCCUACGGGCCGGAAGUACACCAGUGUAGCUUACCCAAGCCUGGCUUCAGGUUCACUCAGCUUCCUGACAUGGGCGUUGGACCUCCGCCCACUCUGAUCCCCUCCAGACCUGGACCCCCUCCCGGGACCUCAAUGAGGCGUUCUACACCCGACAUCAGCCUGAAACCUCGCAUUUCUGAGGCAUCUGAGAUACAGAAUCAGCACAAUGGUGCCACCUACCUGCCUAUCAACAGAGCGCCCUUCCCUGCUGUCACUGUUGACCAGUCCAUGACCAGCUACUCAGGAAACCCAAUGACAGCAGUCUACGCCAUAUCAGCCAACCACCCUGGUUACUCUGACUACUUUGUCAUGUCUCCACCAUCGUCGUACGGAAGCCCAUCCUGGAUGUCCUACCCACCGGAACCUGAGGACAUCCCACACCAGUGGAAUGAUACUGUAAAUACUAACCCGUGUCAUUUAGAAACCAUUUGUUGAGAUGACCUGAUCUCUGGCACUGAGUGGAAACAGCAUAUAUCUUGGUGUCCUAUCGGUUGGGCCGUAGGGCCUCCCUCCCUCACAGUGAGUACCCCACUAGAGUACCCCACUAGAGCACCCUGCCCUCGCUGUCACCCCUGGCCCCUGCUGGCCUCUGGCCUGCCUCCUCAGCCCAUCCCUCUAUGGUCUCUGAGCCCCAGGUCACACAGGCCUCACAGCCUCCAUGUCAACUGCCACCAGCCAGCGGAGGAUGGCCUAGAGUAGAGCAGCAGCAUCCCCAAUGGUAAUGCCACAUACAGCCUCUGCCCUGGUCCACACCAUCCAAUGACAGASCUGGCAAAGCUGGGCUAACUGUGCUUUUUGAUGAUCCAAAUUCUUUAAUGGAAAGAAGAGUUUUACCUACUACUGAUGGUUUAUGUGUAUUUUUUUWAAUUACAAAAAAAUAGUAUCUAACUCGUCUUGAGCUGUUUCAGUUUUUGGAUAUUUGUGUGCUUUGUCAUUUACUUUUGUGCAUUACUUCUUAUUUUGAAUGAGUAAAACAUUUAAUGAGUGUAUCUUGUGCGCUCACCUUAAUUUAAGGGAAACCAUUUGUGCAAGAAAAGCUUUGGUGUGAUUGGCAUUGUCAUUCUGUAUUUUUGAAAUGUAGCCAUGACCUUCAACCCAUCAGAUUACAGUAAAAAACACCUGUUCUGUCAUUCAUAUGUUAAUGGUGUGUGUCUACUAACCAUGAUUAUGAAAAGCUGAAUCGAGUCAUAUAUUGCAGCACACAAAUGAUCUUACAAUGGUUCUUUACUUGCAAGUGUUAUUAUGUAUUUGUAUUUGGAGAUUCUGACUUAUAUUGGGUCAUAUUCAUUCACUGGACAGAGUGGUAAUAAUCAGAUGUGUUGGAUGGGCCACAGGAGUAUUUAUUCAAUUUGUUAUGUAACAUGACAGCAUUAAUUCUUGAAGAGACUUUUACAAGCAGUGAGAGAGAGAGAUAUUUUCUGUGUAUAUUUUGACACAAUUUUCUUGACAUGUUGACUUGCUUUAAUGCAUUUCAAAUUUGAAGGAUGGUCAGAUUGUUUUGAAUCCUAUUUUCAAAUAUGUCAAGUGUACCAACACUUAGAUGUCUAACUACCAGGAUCAUCUAGUGUAAAACAUGACCACAUUUCUAAUGUGGUCUGUAUAUGCUGGUAUAUACAUAUACAAAAAUGCUCACUGGGUCAUAACAUAAGCAAAAUUAUGGAUAAUGCUAUGUUUUACUAGUAUUUACUGAAUUGCCUGGAUUUCAAAACAAGGACAAUGUGAUGGCUAGGGCUCUUUACCAUGUAUAUGCUACUAGUUGAGUUAAUCAGUGCAGUUUAGUGUAGAUCAACAACCACCAAAACAUGUAACCAGACUUGAUUUGUAUUACUGUGAUAUUGCUGAUAUUGAAUAUGUAAUAAUGACAUAGCAUUGGAAAGGUUUUUACAUUUAAAAAUGGUGACAGAAUCAGGUUUAAUGUGAUGAUAUAAAAUACAGUUGGAUCUAUCACAAUGUAGGGAAUGUAUUAGUUUAGUCUGAUAUUAGAUGAACAGAGCACUUUCUCAAAUAUCCUGAGUUCCUGACCCCACAAAACUGCAGUAUCAAUGCAAAUACUUUGUUAAGCAUGCAAUAUUAAUAUUUAAAAUAUUAGAAUAACUGCUUUUUAACAGAUUAUGAGUCAUACUCAAAAGGAUAAAAAGAUGCAGAUGCAUAGUCAGUAUCUAGUCCAUUAGUUUGACUGGGUAGGUGUCUUCAAAUAGAUACCAACUGUUUCUACCUAGUUUGAAAAAAAUGAUUUAACUAUUUUUCUACAAAAAUAUGAAACCAUUAUUUUUACGUUUAAGCGUAAUAUUCCAAAGGAAGUAUGAUAAACCAUGUAAAAAGCCCAAAUACAAAGAUAUUUAGAGAAUCUCUGUGAUUUGCUCUGUAAUACUACAGAACAUGUCAACUUUUUCUGCUCUACACAUACAUUGGUAAAACAUUCUUCCUCUACUAGAUUUAGUCACAGUAAAGUUUCACUAAACAACGUUGAUGAGACUUGAAAAGGAAUUCAAAUGUAGCCUAUGAGUUGAACAUCUUUGCCUUUAUCAAGCACAAACAAUCUGGUUGAUGCUUGGAAUCGUCGUCAUUGUAACUUGUAUCGCUAAGAGACAAAAGGCACUCCCAUUUGUUGAAAAUAAUAUCAUUGGUGUGUUCAGUUACACAUAUUUGAAGCUAAUGAAGGGGAAAAUGUGAUUGAUUUGAACAGUCAAAAGGAACAUAAUGAAAGAGUUGACAUAAGUUGAUGUACUCCUGAUGCUUCUUUUACCAGAUGCAUUUCUCUGAGAUUAAAUGUGCUGAUUAGCCCCAGAGGUUUCUGAAGACUCAGCAGUUUGAAUCAUGUUAUAAAGAAUGCAAUUGAAUGUAGUUAUGCAGAAUUUUGGUGAAAUAAAACCCAAUAAAUUACAA